AUGGGCCGUCUCGCAGAAAUGCAGCGCAAGCUGCUAGAACAAAUGAUGGGUCCUGAAGCGAUGGGUAUCCAGCCCUUAAAUCUCGACUGGUGGAACGAAAAAGUCUGCAGGAAUUUCUUGUUUGGAACAUGCUUGCACUCCCUUUUCGGUAACACCAAAAUGGAUCUCGGUCCCUGCCCCAAAGUCCACUCCGACCGCAUCCUCAAAUCCUUCCAGGAGCACGCCGAGGCCCAUCCCGCUGAUCCCCGUGUCAACGGCUUCAGACAAGAGCAUGAGAACCAUCUGUAUCAGUUUGUGGAGGAUUGUGACAGGCGUAUAAGGGCGAGUCAGCGGAAGCUGGAGAAGACGCCGGAGGAGAACAGGAAGACCGUUGAUCUGAUGCGAGAGAUCGGUGAAAUCGAGCUGUCUAUCCAAGGUGGUACAGAAGAGAUUGAGGCUUUGGGUGAGGCUGGUAAAGUCGAAGAGUCCAUGGAGAAGCUGGCGGCUGUCGAUGCUCUUAAGGGGCUCAAGACGGAGAAGGAACAGGAGCUGCAGCACUUGAACGAGAACGCUGGUGCCAGUGGUCACCAGAAGCUUCGUGUCUGUGAGACCUGUGGUGCUAUGCUGAGUGUUCUCGACUCCGACAAACGUCUCGCCGACCAUUUCGGUGGUAAGCUCCAUUUGGGCUACCACGAGCUUCGAAAGAUCCUCGCCGCCUUUGCCGAAGCCCGCAUGACCGGCAGACCUCUACCUAUCGGCCCUCCCAAAUCGCCAAAACCUGAUGAUCCCACUCCUGCUCCUGCCGCUGCCCUCCCAGCUGCUGGAAACGGCACACCAGGCCUCUCAGCGGCUGUCCCCGCAGGCCCCAAAUCAGCAGGCCUCGCCCCUCCUUCCUUCCCUCAAGGUCCUUCCGGAUCUGAACCCCACACACCACACCACUCCCGCGUUCCUCCAUCGGAUGAGAUGCCCGUCGUGGGUCAUGGAGACAAAGUGAAGCGGGAAGCUGGAGAGCUGGUCGAAGAUUUGAAAGAAGAGAGGGCAGGGGAGGAGAGGGACAGGUAUCGCAGUGGAGACAGGGACAGAGGGGAUAGGGACAGGGGUGGCAGGUAUGAUGACAGGGACAGAAGCCGGUAUGACGACAGAGAUAGGGGACACAGGGAUGAGAGGUAUGACCGGGACAGGAGAAACUAUGAGUAA